AUGAAGUUCCUUGGCUCUGCUUCUGUCUUUGCCCUCUUGGCAUCACCUGUGGUCCAGGCGUUUGCUCCACUGUCUCCUCUCGCUUCCUCCUCGCCUCUGACAGUGUCAACACCUCCCGUAUCUCCUCAAUUGGAAACGGUCCGUGCCAAUGAUGUGGCCCUGAAUGGUCAAAAGAAGAAACCAAAAAAAAAGAACAAGAAAAAGAAAAGUGCAGCUGCUGAUGACGUUGGAGGAGAAGAAGCACCGUAUGUUGUCGUGGCUGCAGCAAAAGCACCAGCGGUAGCUGCUGCCCCUCAGAAAGAUAGCGAGCUACUGGCUAGAAGUUUGUUGGCAUACCGCUUGGAACUCGAGAACAAGGCCAGAACUGCCGGAGAGGCUUCCAGGAGCCAAGAAGAGGCCGCUGCCUUGGCUCUUCGAUUGGAACAAGAGAGACUGGAACUGGUCGCCGCCAAACAAAAGCAAGAAACAUUCCAGCGUGCUCUUUUGAUGAACCGGCUGGACCGAGAAGAACGCGUUCGUGAAGAACGACGAGCCAAGGAAGCUGAAAUUGCCGAGAGAAAGGGAUCCAUUGCCGAUGCCCUCAAUCAGCCAAAGCCUCAGGAUGUCGAGGAGAAAUUGCAAGACAUGUAUGCAUCCAUUUCGGACAUUGGGGAGCGCGCUUUUGCCAUUCUCACCAAUCUAGGAUUGGUAGAGGAAAGCCCCGACCCAGAAAGCCCCGACUAUGACAGUACAUUUGACGAUGAGCUCGUUUACGAUGUAGUAUACGCCAACUAA